AUGGGACAGGUAAUAUAAGACUGGGCAUGGCUGCCAUCUUUUGCCUUUGAUAUGGCAGCUUAAAGGUGUUUGUUUGGUUGUGGUUCCUGUGUUGUAUAUCGAAUCAAGACUUGUGAUGCCUUGCUACACUUCCCCUGGUUAGAAGAAUGUGGUGGGAAGGGGGGAGGGGAGGGGGGAGUAGUUCACCCUUGCAGAAAGAGUAAAAGGGAUCUGGUAAACUGUGAAGACAACAUGGCAACAGUGUUUGACAAACCAGUAAAUUGAAACAAAAUUUCAAUACUGCAAUGUUUAUUAUGACGUUUCAACAUGUCUACCUGUACCUUUAGUUUCAGGAAAUGAUGGGCCAGUAUGAAGAAAAUCUACAGAAUGAAAGAAUAGAGAAGAAACGGAUGUCAGAAGACUAUGAAAGCAAAAUAGGGGGAUUACAAAGGGUGAGAAACUUACUUGGCUGGUUCAUGUAUAUAGCUUCUCAUUUGGAAAUAUGAUCUGACUUUUUUAAGGUUGCAGUUUUCAAGUUGUUUAUUUUCAGCCUCUUUUAAUCUUGUCCAUCUUCAGCUAUCCCUGUUCCUUUUCGGUUGUAACUUUCCCUUUUUGGUUUGUUUGUUUGUUUGUUUGUUUGUUUUGUUUGUUUGUUUGUUUUGUUUGUUUUUUUAUCUUAGCAAACCAAUAUUUUUUAGGGGUAAAGUUUCUAAAGAAACAGUUGUUCUGGGAUGGUGGGAGAUUAUAACAAGAUAAUUUGUUUUAUCAACUGAGUUGGUAAUGUUAAAAAGAGUCAAAGAGUUUGUAAGCUGACGUUUCAAGUGUUGACCCUUUGUCAGAACAAAUGAUGAAGGGAAAACGCUCCAUUAUCAUAUUUUAUAGUCUCCCUUUGAGUUGAAGAUAGUUUUGCAUGCCACAAAGAAUGACACAAAAUAUUGUCAGUAAGAAAUCUCCCUUAACCUUCUAACCCCCAGGAUCUAAUUUGCAGAUUUUUUCCUCUCUCUUAUUAUGGCUGUACAUUUUAUUAAGAAUAGUUCAGAUAAUUUUGAUUUUAUCAGGCUGUUACCCUGUUGCUGAUAAGCUUAUAAUCCUCAUCACUGGUUUGUUAGGCAAUGUCUUGAUAACACAUGGAGAAGAUCCAUGAUAAUCAAUUCUAAUUGUUAAAUGAGAUGGACAGUGCAUCCGUCCGUGAUAAAUUGGUGACUGUGCGUGGUAGAAUUUAUUAGUGAUAAUCUUUGAAAAUGUUUUAAAAACAUAUUUUCCAGCAAGUUCGAGAGCUAAGAAAUGCACUGGAUGCGCAAAAGGUGAGCUGUUUAGGACUAAUGUAAACAAACAUUAAAACAAAUAUUCUCAAUUAGUUUAAAAUGACAACUGACAGGAGGCAGAAGAGUUCGCUGUUCACAGCACGCAGCUAAGGAACUUGAACUUGCGGCAAUUGGGAACAAAUCCAAUGACACACAGGGUGGAAGAUUUGAAUUCGAGACGCCCGAAUCACUCAUCCAAACUACCUACGUUAUUUUUGCAACAAGUUUCUCCAACAUAAAGGGGGACUCUUUAAGCUACCUUUGUUUUAAAAUGCAGAAUUAUUAUAAUUAAAUUUUGUUUUAUAUUUUCUCACUUCAGGUGGAGACAGAGAAAGUCCAGUAUUCUUUCAAAACCCAACCGCCACCAUUACUUGGUACGUUCCUACGUUUUUAUCCAGUCAAACAAACUCAAAAAUUGUAUUAAUUAUUUUGUUAUCCAGAAUACUGUUUGAUUUGUAAACUGGUCGGUGCAGUGGUUUACGUCACAGGCCAGUGUUUCUCCGUGAGCAUAGCAAGCUAAUAUGUGAAUUCUGAUACUUUUUCAUCCACAGCUUCUACUCCUCCUGUGCCCGCUCCAAGACACAUCGAGAAACCUGUGCAAGGUUCGUUAUUUUGGUUCUACAGAGAAUAAUGAAAGAUGGCACCCCCUAGUAAGGCUUUCAGGGGGGAGGUAGGGGGGACUCCUUUCCCUUGCAUAUAAUGUCCCGAAGAGAGAGGUUUCACCCGAAAGUUGUAAAUUUCGUAUUUCUGCUCAUCUAGCUAGUUGGGCUUGGGUUCAAACCCUCACCUCCCGAUUUGGAGUUCAGAGCGUCUGAUAUUUUGACUGUCUGUUAUUGUGUUAUUUCAACAGCUGAACCACCCGAAAGAGAGCGUGCCACUUCUCCCGACAAAAGUAUUAAGACAGGUACUGAACAGUAUUUGAGCGUUUGGUCAUCCUUGCAUAAUCGAAAGUUUUUCAAAAUCACAAAAUUAUGGUAUCAUACAUUGUGGCUUCGUGUGGCAGGAUAUUAGUUUUUCCUUUGGAAGCUUUAUCAGCUUUCCUUUGGGAACUGUUAACGUUUGGUAAAUCGUAAGACUUGAAAUAAGAUUAUCUUUUAGUGAAAGAGUUCAUCGGUAGAAAUCUCGGUUUGAGUCUUUGGUCCAGCCAGCCCUGCCGAACACGGAAAAAAGUGUUUCUUAUAGAUAAAUGCUCCACCAAUCGUGUUUUCUUGCUUGUUAUAGUGUAGCAGUUAAGAUAAACUGAUCUUUCAAUUUCUGCCGCAACGUUUGCCUAGAAUUUUUCGACACUGACUCUUCGUAAUCCGUGAGAUAAAAAUAUAAAGAGACUUACAUAUUUUUGUGUUACUAAUUCUUUAGGAGCAGAAUCAAUCACGCUCUACGUGGCGACUAACCAAAAAAAGAGCGGCCAAUAUCGCUUAUGGCGCCAAACAGCCGACGGAUCUAACGAAUGGUCCAACAAGUACGCUCUUUCCGCCUUUAUAAAACCCACAGGAAAUUUCACUUACCCGAUGUACGUGUUUGCCGCAGGGGGGUCCCCUCACUGGCGGCAGUAUGUAUCGGAUAAAUCGUCACCUCCCAGCCCGGAGUAUCGCCUGGAUUACAUGUUCUAUUGUUCUCAGACAUUCCUCCCUGGUACUCUGCAGUAUCAUGUGUUGGAGGCCGGAAGUAUCCCCGUGAUAAGAUCGUAUGUGUCUCGGACCAACAGUGUCCCGGGAUGGAGACAUAACGGAUUGUCAUUUUAUGCUCCAAAAUCAACUCUGGUCAGUGACAAAACGCGUGAGUAUUGGGAACUACUGAAACAUGGUUAAAUGGAAGCAGCUCGAGGUAAUUAGGCGCCACUCUAGCGACAAAUCGAAUGCAAAAGUAGAACCAAUUGCGUCUUAGGCACUUCGGGUAGUCUGGACAUUUCUUUUACUUCGAGUGUACUCAAUAGUACGCUUUUCGAUGGAGCGUCUGGAAAGCAAAACAAAGGUUUUCACAUCGGCUAAUCAAAAGGUAGGAAACGAUUAAAGAGCCACCACUGUCAGAAUUACAUCGGCCAAUUAGAACAAAGGAAAAUAUCGCAAGGAGCCAAUAAGAAUUCAGACCAGAAACAGAUGAGCGGUCCAAGGGCGGGAAAACGCGGUUGACCAAGUCGUAGUAGAGUCAAGUUCAAUUUGAUUCGUUAAUUUAACGAUAUUUUUAUGCAUAUCUCAAGGGUAUGUAGAUUCAUGUAUUCCAAGAUGUCAAUCAGAAAAAAGAAAACAUCUUAAUUUCUGCUUGAUUUACUUGUAAACAGCAACUGCAAUGAGCAUGUUAAAAAAUGGGUUCCCUCUAUUUUCAGUGACAAGUAUUUCUGCAUCGUUUGAAUCUACUUUGACGGAGGACAAAGAGCAAGGUUUGUUUUUUCUCUAUCCCUUAAAUAUAUUCAUGGAAGUCAAACGAGGGAGCUAGUGGAGGAAAAGUUCCUUUGCAACGAGUUUCAAUCGUCUUUUAUCGUCAAGUCAAGUACGAGUUGAAGAGCUUUUCAUUUCACCAUGAAACCGUGAGAGAUGCGAAAGUUACGAGGAAGGGAAUUUACAAGGGCAUUAAACUUUUGGAAUGGAAUAUCGCUAAUAUAAGUUGUAUUUUCGUUCUCUCUGCAUGUGUUUCAGCCUCCUUUUUCAAACAAGGGCUGAAUUACCUCUGGUGUGAUUUAACCUUGAUUUUCCUCAGUUCUUUAUCUUUGCUUUGUUGUUUUAUGCAAUGACUAAUUUCUUCCAUUCUCCGGGGUUGACAUACUACACCGUCAUCCCUACUUGAACCUGAAUUGUUUACUGUCUAUUGCAGACUUUGAACCCAGUGAAUCUGAAUCGGAAGAAGAGUCUCCAGCCCCUGUAAUACCAAAAGUGUAAGUAUGAAUAAUCUAGACUUUAAAACCUGUGAAAGUUAUGAACCACCACGCACUGUGUAGUAAACAGUGCACAUGAAUGUAUUGUUCAGUAGCUUUUAUAUGAAGCGUCACAGUCUUGCUUUCAUCUGCUGACCCAAAAGUUAGAGCCAACCAGCAAUUUCAUCCACUGCAUUUUUUAAUUUGAACUUGUAAACUCUACGAUAAAUUCACCUUCAAGAUUAGCUUAGAGAGUUGUUCUCAAUAAAAUUUAUGCCUUUAUUUUUCCAAGUGAAGUUGAAGAUGUUGAUGCAAAUGACAGCACGGGAAGUUAUGAUGACGUCAGAGAGAUCACUUCGUAAGUUUCCUGCUCUGGCUUUUUAGUACUUUUGUUAGCUCGUCAUUUGAAGUGUGGUGCGUGUCCGUGCUGGAAUCCCGCGCUUUUUGACCGAGUGUCGUAAAACCAAAACCAAAGUAACCACAACGGCAAAUCAGAAGAAGGGAAAAUACUUUAGGAGCCAAUGGAAACUCACAGUAGAACCGACCGAACUUCCUAAAGCGCGGGAAAUCACGGGCGACACAGACGACCGUUGGUGUUAGUUUUGCAUCUGAUUGGUCGAAAGAGUGGCGUGAGUUUUCUGGAUCAAUCACUGAGCGAAGGAAAGCAAAAGUAAUGCAGUCUCUGAUCAUUUUGACACUCAAUUACAAAUUGCUCUCUUUCGUUUUCUUGUUCGCAUCUUUAAGAAACGCAGAAAAGGCUAAUGAUUUAACCGAUCACAGUGAGGGUUUUUGUUCUGCAUCAAAUCAGUUUCAAAUUUCGUCCUGCACAAAAUGCUACCAGCAGUUUGAAAUACACUUCCCCUUCUUGUGUAAUGCCUUUUAUGUAUUAAUCUCCUCUUUUAUGUGUAAGUGACACAUACACCGAUUCCAUUGUACUUUCAACAGUAGUGGAAGCUAUGAAAUGGCCCUACAAUUUUUUCUGUACGUUCCAUCAACUUUUGAGUGUCUUCAGUAAGUAUCUUUGUUAACGAAAGCCAAAUGUUGACAAACAUCUUUUUUUCCUCAGAGGCCUUUCCAGCUCUGAGUGGGUAAGUUUUUUUUUUUUUUUUUGUGCAGCCUCCUUUGUUUAUUGAAUUUGAAACUUAGUAGGACUGAUUCUUAUAACAGAGUAACAUAAACAUUUAUUUUGUUUGUUUGUUUGUUUGUGUGUGUACUUUUUUUAUAGGGUACUACCACUUUAGAAACAGGCGAGUUCCAUCCAAUUCCUCAUAAUCGGCUUAUAACAAGUAAGAAGUUCUUGUAUUCUUUCGGUCAGCGGUGCACUAACUAUGCAAAUAUCACGUAAUUCACAUAAAUUAAACGUUAUUUAACUUGCUUCUACAUUUUCAUAAUUAAGUCGAUUGCUAUUUGUUAUUUUCCAAAUUCGUCUCAACCAAUCAACAUAGAGGUGGCUUUGCAGUUUUUACAGUUUUAAAGCCAACAGGAAAAUAAUCAGAAAUUUGAAUAAACAGUGUUUUUGUGGUAAGUGCAAUUGGUUGACUUCUGACAUGUCGACAGUCAUUUUUUGUAUUUUUCUUACUUUUCCAGCUCGAUUUAAUCACAAAUUCGAUGAAGUACAGGCGUGCAGACAAGAAAUUUCUCAGAUAUUGGACCAAAAACUUUCUAAGCAAGGCCUGUCUUCGGUAAGUAAAAUUUGUUUUAGUGUUCAAGUCUUCGACAUUGCAAACGAAAUUGAGGAUUGCUUUUAUAUUGGGCGAAGGACUGAUUUUAAAAACAUGUGUUUGUUUCUUAUUAAAGGAAAAUCCAAGACUGUCUUCACAGAAAAUGGAAGCCAAGAUGGCGGCACUGAGAACAGAGAGGCAAGCUAGGAGUAAGGUGAGUAGCAUUUGUUACAGUGUAGACCAUUAAUUUUUGUUUUCUUCAAGGCCUUGUUUUCUCUCCCUAAGUUUUCCACAGAUUUCAUGUUGUGUCCAUUAUCUUUCUUCCAGAAAAUUAAGAACUUCGCCGCAGUUAGACAAAGGUAAGGGAAAACUUUUCGCCCUUUUUGUUGUUAUAGUGUUUAAUGGAGACCCCAUGCAAGCUGCUAAAUUGAAUCGUCUUGUGUACGUGUUGCGGGCCUAGUUUUCACACUUUGAUUUCUUUAGGUGUGUGGAAGAGUUGGAAGAAAUCGUAAAGAAGACCUACCGCAGUGGAACUUCCACAGGGAAACCAGGCUCAUCAGGUUUGAGUGAAAUUUUUAACUCGUUAUGACUUCCACAAUAAACCAACAGAACCCCCAACAAUGCUGGGUAAUAUUUGGCAGGACAUAAAUAGUCUCGUGUAAUUUUCGUUGUAGUUCCCGCGGGUCCAGGUCCCGAUUACCGUUCCCACAAGGAUAAACCUCCAACAUUCAAGUCCACUGCAACUGCCGUCCGUACUUCCACUUCACUGCAGCAAGGCCGGAAGUCGCCAGCUAUGAGAGGAACCUUGGUAUCUACUGGGUAAGAUUUGAGCGAGCACAGCUGGUGACGCCCUUAACGAUGCGUCUGUUGCCUUGGUUCCUCUGAUGGACAGCUACUCUUUAAAAAAUUCCUGUCAGAAUUAGAAUUGCUUCUUUCUGUUUUUGCCAGAUCAACCAGCGGAGGUGACAUGACAGUUAGCGUUACUUCCGUCACGGACCGCUCUUUCUCUGGCACUUCCGUCGUGACAGAGCGGACACUGAGCGAGUCUGAAGAGGAAGUGAGCGUGACUGAAGGAUCACAAGAGGAAGAAGAGGAAGAUCAAGAAGAAGACGACGAAGAGGAGUCCAAUUGGGACUCAGAGGAGUGAGUACAACAAGAACUUGACCGCAACGUAGCUUGUUCGUUUUACUCCUGAAUGCCCAAAUUUUAACGUUUCUUCCUUCAUAAAAACAGCUCACCUUAAGUUGACUCACGUCUUAUUUCCCUAAUUUACAAUUCACUUUAGAAACGAUUCGUUCAGAGGAAGGGAAGGAGCUGGAACAAUUCCAAAGAUUUUUUGUCGAAAUGUGGUGUUAGGCUUCCAAGUAAUGAUGCAUGCUAUUGUUGACUUAUUGGCGAUUUUUGUUUUUUCAUUGUUUGCGUUCGUUAUAGAGAAGCCGUUAAACCACCCACUCAGCCGACACACAAAGUGGCAGUCCACAUUCCCUCGCAACAGGACGAAGAAUCGGAUUCAGAUAUUGAAGAGGUACGCCAGGUAUUGAAAAAAUUAGCGAGUGCAGUGGUGGUGUAGGUUACAACUUGUACUGUAAUGUGUAAGGGGCUAGAUGGAUGGUAAAAAGACUUGGAGAGGACGACAACGUGUAACGGUGGAGAUGCGUGAGAGGUGAGCAAAGGAAGACGCGCGUUGAAGACGAUACGUAGGUGAGAGGACGCAUGUAGAAUACACGCGAGGGACAGACCUGCGAGUUUGAGGACGAGGCGAUAAGUGUGGGAAGCACGCGUGUGAGUUCUGAGUGCGUGAGGGAAUAUGGGGGUUGAACACGCCCUAGAAAAAAUGACGAUUAGGGCGGAAAUUAUUUAUGCGGUAAUGCAUUCCAGCCUAAUCUGGUAUCUGUUGUUAUGGCUGCAGCCUAACCUGCUAAUUAUCUUAUGCUCCAUCAUAUAUUUUAAAAAUAUUUAUGCUAUGAUACAUCUCAGCUUCACGUGGCGUCUGUUUACAUGGCUGCAGGCUAACCUGCUAAUUCUUUUGUGCUUCAUAAUAUAGUUAGCUCCGGUUAAAACCAUUCCUAGGGCUGCUCCGCGCGGUGAAAAGGUGAGUUUUAUUCUUUCAAGCUUACUGUUCAUUCCGUUUGACGGUGUUGUUUACAGGGAUGUUUGAAUGAUGACCCGAGAUCUUCCAGGUGCCAAAGUCCUUGUCCCCUUAGGGUCAUUGAUCGCACAAGCUUCACCGCCAUGUGAAGUCGCCAACUCAAGUUAACGGCCUUUUGUACCACUUAGUGCGAAGGAGACAGCUGAGGGCAAAGGGCUCCACUUCUUGCCGAGAUCAGUGUGUUUUUCCCAGGUCAAUAACCCCUUUAUCCUCACAGUACUUCAAACCAAUCUUCAUUGUUUUUGUCUUUUUUAAGGUUCGUGAAUUGACCGAAACUCUUGAGCGUAGCUUGAACUUCGGAUCUGCUGUUAAGAAACCCGCUGGCGGAGUCUCUCUUCACUUCCAGGGGAAUGGUAACGAUAACAGUGAGCCUCCGCGCGCCACAGCUCAGCAGUCAUCGGGACGAAAGGUAAAGAGCAUGCACUCGUGGGAAAACUCUCCCUUCAUGCUUCAUAGCACGAAUGUUGUCGUCCUGUUGAUGAGAAUUUCUUGUUAAGUUGUGAAUUUGAUGUCUUUUUUUGUAAUGUAUCUCGUAGAAUGACGAUGAUUUCGACAGCGAUUUAUCUAUAUCCUCUUUGGAAGAAAAGACACCCGGUAGAGGGUAAGAAUUUUAUAACCUUUCCUCAGUACCAAUUGAUUAAUUUACCAUGCUUCACUUUGUCAGGGGGGGGGGGGAGGGGAGGGUUAAUUUCAUGCGAGGCGCGAGCGAGAGAAAAAUCUUCAUGGGUGUCGUUUUUCUUUGUGCGCGCUCCUAAAGCGUCAUGCAAUACUCUUACUCCAAUGCUUGCCACGCACCUUAGCUAUCAUUUGUUUUUAAUUAACAGGACAUUUGAUUCUGGAAGGAGGAAUCUGCAGCCUCCAGGUGAGUUGAUGCCUUUUUUUUUUAACCCUUUCUGGCCUAAGGUUUCACCUCUGUUCUGUAGAAUGAACUGCUAACCGUUAUGUCUUGUUAUGAUUUCUUCAGGGCCAAGUUGUUAAAAAAUAAGGAUUAGGCUAACCUGAGUUUAGUAGAGAGGGUCGAGAUAGUUUUACGGAUUUUCAGAGGAGUUUAACAACGUAAGGUAUAACUCCACGAGAAGUUUGACUUCAUGUAAGUUUUAGGAGAUAGACUACAACGUCAGCCUUUAAAUCCUGGACCAGCGCUGAACGCUUAAGAGUGGUGCCGCUUAGUCAGCCCCUUUCGCCACCAAAAUGCUUAGGAGAGACUGCAAGAGGUUUGCUUUGUUUGCAGGUGGGUCCCAAUCCACUGGCCGACAAAGUCCUGUGUUGGAGUUCAGAAGACCUCAGCCCCAGUCCACACGCAUACAGGCAUUUACGCAUGACGACUUCUCCGAUAUAGAAGACGACUGAAGCGCGCUCGAUAAGUCGUGCGAAAUAUUGAGUGUAAAUUAUGUGACGGUAAAGCUCAUAACCUAUGACGAAACCAUGAGAGACUUGAGAUAUGAUGAUCGUGAACUAAUAUAAAAACAGUUUUCUACAGAAAAAAUCUAACCAAGUAUUUAUCUUUCUCCAGAAAAUAAUUUUGUAUCGAAGCCUUUCCUGAAAAGUAUAAAAAAGUUGCAUUUGGGUUACAGAGGAAUUUUUUACAUUUGUUGGGUAUAAUAAAGUUCUCCUGGACUGUUUAAAUUGAAUUGGCCAAACCAAGAAGCUUUCUCUUUGAUUGGAUGGUUGUCUCACACUCCCAUGACGUCACUCCAGAGAGAAUAGUUGUCAAUUGUUAUGAGCCAAUCAGAUGAUUACACGUGACUAAUAAGUUGUUCAGUUGACUGCGUUUCUGGGUAGAUCAGAAGAGAGACCCUGGCGACAGGGGUUUUCUUAGCAACUGUCAAGAAAAUUUGAAAGGGUGUGGGAGGUGUGUUUUUUUUUGGUCACACCCUGUUCCCUUUUCAAUGUAUUUUGUAUGAUUGUGGUGAUUAGCGUCUAGAGUGCCAUUAAAAUAUAUUUUACCAUC